CGGAGUGGAAAGGAUUGUUUUGUGCGCCACCGCACUACAAACUUGACGGACGUACAUGCGGACAGCGGACCGAUAACUUACCUUAUUGCUGGGCUCGUGGGAAAUUCAUAACACUUCGGAGGUUGAUUUGGGGAUUUAUCUGGACCAGACCUCAACAUAGCUGUUUGAAGGACCACAAUGGCUGUGUACUCCAGACACCUGGAUCUAUCCUUGCCUUGACAACACAAUUUACAAUUAAACCUGAGAAAGACACAAACAUCUCAUAACUCUUAGCACCAACCAGGUGUUUCUUUGUUGAAUCAUUUCUGUUCCUGUGGAGUGUUAUAUCAGAGAGACUUCAUCAGACAUCACCAUGCCGAUCCUCAAGCAGCUAACCUCGAACCAGUCCAAGCGUCGCUCCCGGGCCGACCUGACUGCAGAGAUGAUCAGCGCCCCUCUCGGGGACUUCAGACACACCAUGCAUGUGGGUCGUGGCGGGGAUGCCUUCGGGGACACCUCGUUCCUCAGUACCCGGUCUGGGGAGCCCCCUAAAGAACCAGCUCCAGAGGUGCAGCAGAGCUCCCCUGGACCUGUCUCAAAACCAGGUCUGCUGUCCCGAACCUUCAGGAGCAGCAAGCGCUCCCAGUCGGUGAACCGCGGCGACAACUACGAGAACGCGUUGGCACCCCCUGGUGGCUCGCCAAACGUUGUGAAGAGCGCCAUCUCCCUUCCCUACCUCAACAACGAGGAUGCGGGCAGGAUGGGCGGUGGUCACCGGAUGCCCAAGAGCGUCUCCUCCAGCCCUCUGAAGAAGCUGCCCGAGGUCGACGGAAUCAGCAAACCGGUCAACGGCGCCGCGGCCAUGGACCUGGAAUUCGACGAGCGGAGCUUUGGCGAACUGACUGACCUGCCACCGUCCCAUCCUCGGGGUGGUGGGAUGAAGCACGCGGAGUCCAUCAUGUCGUUCCACAUCGACCUGGGUCCCUCCAUGCUGGGGGACAUCCUCAGCGUCAUGGAGAAGAAGGGCUGGGAGGAGGACGACCUGGGGUACGAGGAGGGGAAGGGCAGCGAGGGCCGUGGGUCACCCCCCAUCAGUCCUCCCACUACGGAGGACGAUGUCAAGGACCAGGUGGAUCUACAGCCGCCAGUCAGGCCCCCACGCAGCAUCUAUCCCCAGCAGAAAAUAAUGUCCGACCCCCCCUACACCCCUCCCAGGAACUACCACCCCCACAGCCACCUGGACAGCUGCUCUUUUUCUUCCUCCGGCUCCGCCACUCUUGAGGAGAAACCACUCAACCACCUGCAGGAGGGGGACACGGACAGCGCCAAGUACAGCUCUCCGGGGGGUGGGGGGGAGGACGACAAAGACUUCUCCUUCAUGGACGAGGACGAAGAUGAAAUCAGGGUGUAAAACAGAACAGGGCUGUAACACCACCGCCACAGAACGUGCUUUAUAAGGACACCAGAACGUGGUUUGCGAGGACACAGAGGGAGACAAGUAUUCUUCAUGGGUUUUUGAAGCUAGUACAAGCCUGGGAGGGAAGGGAAGGGUUGGGAGCACGAUGAAGAUGAAAAACCCCUACAUUUUUACAUAUGGAUCUAUCCAGAGAAGCUCUAUGUGCACACCUUAUUCUGCUAUUACUUCCUGUAUUAGGAUACAAUCACGCACCAUCUGUUACUGAGCCUUAUUCACUCCACUUUGGCUAGGUGUGUGUUAUUGUCCUAUGAGUCCUUUUACUCUAGCCAUUACAGAAUUCCAGUACACACACACACCGCUCUGAGACACCAGUUAUUGGUUUGAGGUUUUCCUUUUGUAGAAAUACGAUCUGUCAUUAUGAUGAUCUAAUCCCAGUUCCAAUACGUCAUCACAGUGUGUUUAUCCUUAUAAGGGGGCAAAUCUCAAGGAUCUCAACCCUCAUAUCCACUCAUAUCAAACUUAACAUAUCCCACCCACACCCCCAUUGUCUUUUCAUCCAGAGGAUUUCCCUUCCCUAACAUAUACCUUAUAGCGCAUUAAUAAGGAAGGGAAAGCCAACCAGCGGUCUUCACACUGAUUGUCACAUUCUUUAAAAGUGGAAGUAUGGAGGUUGACCGAGGUCACUUUUGAUCACACGGCAGUCCUCCUCGAGGGAGGUGUGACGCGUUAGGUGGAGGCCGGGUCAUAUGAUGUCAUGGACUGAACAGUAUGUUUCUCACACAGCUUUGGAGGAAGGAAGAGGGAAAGGGAAAAA